CCCAUUUUUUUUUUUGGUAUUUUUGGUGUAAAGUUGCACUGCCACACAGCUGAUAGUCACUGAAUAUUUAUUUUUUUGCUGAAAACUAUUUAAAAAACUAACGAAAUGGGUUUUCGCAUACCUUUUGGCAAGAAGCACGCUGAGAUCGCGACAUCCUUCGUUCGCUCCGGCGCAGGAUUUGGUGGUGCUGCCAGUCUGGCCCUGCUUUACUACACGGAUUGGAAGUUGGUGCUGCAGUACAUGCCCAUCUAUGGAUCCAAAUUCGAUAAGAGCGAAUGAGCGACUCUUGCUAUUUUUGAACUCUAGUUAAAUACGUUUAAUUGAUCGUGAUUAAAAUAAGAUCAAUUCGAUAGUUGA